AUGCCUCCUCUCGACUCCGCUGACGGCGCGCCGGCUGCCGACUCCGGGAGCGCGGGGAGCAACGGCGGCGGCAACGGCGCUGCGCCGCAGCCUGAUGCCGCCACCGCCGCCGCAGCCCCUGCAGGCGCGCCGAUGCCGCCGAAUCCGCUCCAGGAGCAGAUGGUACGACGCUCGGUGCACGUGACUCCUCCAGACGUGACCCUGUGUGUGGGGAACGGCUUCAUCGUUCAUGCUGUAAACUGCGCGUCGGUGGUGUAUGACACAAAGGGGAAGCAGCUCACACGCAUCAUCCCGCAGAACGAGACUACGUGGACCAGAAAGACCCUAUUGAGGCAUCAGUCAUGGGCGACAACAUCGGUGGCCUCACCUGCACUUAUGAUCGCAAGGCGCGACGCUUCUAUCUUUCGGCCUUCUGGCUCUCGGGGCAGUCCAACAAUACGUUUGACAAGUUCGGGCAGACGAGGAGCAGGGGAAACAUCACGGUGGGAGCGGGGCUCAUAG